AUGAUUGAUCUUACGCUUUUGCAGAAAAUAGCCGAUGCGCUUCACUUUAUUCCAUUCUCCUGGAUCCUAUUCGAUUUCCUCAAGGAUAUACUCAUUGCAAUCCUCACCACCGGGCCCGCUCCCAAACACGUUGGCUUCAUUAUGGAUGGCAAUAGAAGAUUUGCUAAGAAGAAGGCCUUGCCCUUGAAAGACGGCCAUGCCGCAGGUGCUUUAUCUCUUAUAUCUGUUUUGGAGACUUGCUACCGCGUAGGAGUCUCAGACAUAACCGUGUAUGCCUUUCUGAUUGAAAACUUCAAUCGGUCAAAGGAGGAGGUUGAUACCCUCUUGGCUUUGCUCAGAGACAAGCUCAAGUACUUAUCACUUUACGACGACUCUUACGCACGUCAGAACCAGGUUAGGGUUCGGAUCAUUGGAAAUCGCUCCAUGAUUCCAGAUGAUAUCUUGGAAGACUUGGAGCAGGUAGAGCGAAUCACCAACUUGGAACUGCUGCUGCGUACUUUGAAUGUUUGUUUCCCUUACACCUCGAGGGAUGAUAUUGUUCAUUCUAUUCAAGGGGUUUGCGAGAAUGGCACCUCAAAAGCCAACAUCGAUGUCGCGGAGCUCUACAGAAAUAUGUACAUGGGGCCGGACUCCCCCCAACUUGACCUUCUUGUCAGAACAUCGGGUCAUACUCGUUUGAGUGACUUCAUGCUUUGGCAAUGCACCCAUAAUUGUAAGAUCGAGUUUGUCUCGACCUUGUGGCCCGACUUCAAAUUUAUAGCCUUGUACAGCAUCUUGUUGAAGUGGUCUUACUACCACAAGAAGGAUAUCAUGAACCAGAGAGUCAACAACACUCCUCCCGACAAGGUUGUUGAUAUAACUUCACUUCCAGCUCCACCCCCUUUCGCAACGGUGACUGGUAAUUAG